AAAGCGGUCACGAUUGUCGACAUCAGCUGCAGGUCACAGUUGUUGGUGUCGAGAAAGACCGCUUCCAAUAUCUAUUUAUGAGAAUGAAAUAAACGCAAAAGCCAACCACAAGCGACAUGAGAAAACCCUACGACUGGUUUUGGUCUCCCUCGAUCCGUCACACGGGCGGGUCGCCUUUCUCGUUUUCCGUUUCCUCAAUACAGGUGCGAUUCAAGGCUAGAUAGCCAUGGCUCCGCCGCAAGGACAAGCCUCAUACAAGAAGCAGCCUGGAACCUUGGCCAUAUCAAACGAUCGUAAAUCGGUGUCAUGGACGCCUAUCCAACCACCAGAUGCCGCCCCCAGCCUGGUGAUAUCGGCAGCAAACAUUGUGAACCUCCAGCAGACGCCGGAAUCCAGUCCAAAAGUGAUGCUGAAAAUCUUCGUCCAGGAUCCAGGACAAUCAGAACCCACUGCGCACGUCUUCACUUUCACGUCCAAGGCCGACCCGAGAGGUGAAGCGAACGCCAUCAAAGACGCCCUAGCGAAUGUCAUCCAAGCGCAGAAAGCCGCUCAGAAUGCUGCCGCGGCGGCUGAAUCUAACGGCGGCCAGUCCGCAGCCAUGACCAUUGCAAAUGUAAUAUCUAGCGCUGGUCGCGGCAGCAGUCUCUGGGAAGACGACGACCGCUUGAAAUCCGACGUCAAACUCCAACAGUCGCUCAUGCAAGAAGAUGCAGCCCUGCAACGCACAUUCAUGGAAGCCCUGAGCCUCAAGCCCGAAUCGAUUUCCACCACACAGUUCACAGCCCAAUUCUGGUCCUCGCGCGUCCACCUCCUCCGGGCCCACGCUAUCGCCCAGAACCAAGGACGUGGCAAAUACAACGUCUUCUCCGAGCUCCGGCGCGAAGACGGCGGCACCAAACUUAGCCUCACGCAGGACCAUGUCCGAGCAAUCUUCGAACAGUAUCCCGUCAUGCGCACGAUCUAUGACGAAGUUGUCCCCCAGAAAUGUAAGUCCGAAGUCGAAUUCUGGUCCCGCUUCUUCCAAAGCCAGUUGUACAUGCGACUUCGAGGGCUCAAGUUCGACCCAACGAAAGAGAGCAGGGACAAAUACCUCGAUACAGAGGAGUACCUGAAUCAUCCCGAGUUGACGGGUCUACGCACGACAGCCGCGGAGAUGCAUAUCCCGAAAUUCAUCGAUCUGGAAGGCAACGAGGAGAAUCACAGUCAACGCAAAGGGAACCGGCCGGACAGCGAGUUGCGCGCGACUGCGCUGGAUAAGGCGCCUAUCAUCAGGAGGCUCAAUGCGUUGAGCGAGAAACUCAUGGCCACGGUCCGGCCGACUGACGUCGACGCCAGCGCGCCGAUUGGCAUGACCGAGACGACGUACGAGCAAUUACGGCUGAGAGAUUUAGGCGGCGACCCGGAGCAGGAGAGGAUCAUACUGAACAUUAGAGACCAGAGCCGGUUCUUUUCGGAUAAGGGUAAGGGGCCCGAUGAGGGUGUCAAUGGUGUCGAUACCAACCCGUUCAAGACCAUCGAUGCCUCGCAGGCGAUUCGGGACAUUUGUGGUGACUUGAAAAAACACUUUGCACGGCCUGGCGCGGGUGUGAUUCCCAUCGACCCGUACGAGGAUGAAGAUGAGGAUGAGAAUAUGGGCAUGGGCGAUGACGACGGAGGACCGACGAGGCCGGAGACCGGGUCAAGUCUCGCGACGAAGCAUAUCCUCUCGCUCGUGCAGGCGCACCGCGAUCAGACCAGUGAGAUUCCGACGGCAAGUGGUCUGAGCACGGGCAUAUAUGACCGGUUAACGCUCACGCAAGCCACGACGAUCGAGUUCCUACGGCAAUUCUGGCAUGCCUUCCUGUCCGGUGAAGCCGGGCGCGCGAAUGAGAUUGCCUCGCUGGUGGAAAGUCUCAAUCGGGCGCUCGACAGAAUCAAUGUGAUUGCCAACGACGCGGAGAAGGAGCGGCUGGAGCAUAUCCGCACGCAGGAGCGCAGUCUGGAAGAGCGGUUCAGAAAGACCGGCAGAAGGCAUAGGCUGGAUCCGAAAGCGAUCAAGGGCGGAGGAGCGGUCGUGAAACAGUUGCUCGGUCCGAUUAUCAGGAGUCUGGCGAAUGCCGUACAGAGGUAUAGGCAGGCUUUUGAGGAGCAGACGAAGGGUGUGGGAGAUGGAUGAAAAUAUACCUAUCCAGGGAGAUGAGAAGGACGUUGUUGUUUUCCUUCGGUUCUGACCUUGGGAGUUGACAAGGCUCGACUGGAUCAGAACCACAGCACGCGAAUCAAGAGGGGGAGAGUAUCCAAAAAGAUGCUCCCUGCUCAUUUGUCACGUUCACACUGACGUGAUGUGCGAUCGCAAAGAGUCUGGAGGUGUUGGGUGCUCUGUGUCGACGACUGAGGUCGACACCCGGUUUCAAAACGGUGUGCUGGACAACAAGUCUUCGAGCACGCCACAGUAAGCAGGUGAACUCAUCCUGACUUGCUUCCCACGAAUGGAAGAGGCCCAGCAUACCGCGAGGCUAUGGUUUUGACGGGUUUUGCGAAAGUGUCAUAGACUGUAUGGGCAGAGGAUAAUUCCUCUGCGAAUCAUGUAUAGUCAGGUAGAACAAAAAUCGAGACCAGACAAUUACAAUCACC